UGUUUGGACAGCCAUGAUCGAUUAUCCACCAUUUCGAUUCUAAGCUCGUUGUUUUUCUUAUCAGGUUAUUUUAUUAUGAUUAGUGAAAUUAGUGAAUGAUUGCUGAAAAGUGGAAACUGUAAAAUACUUGAAGAGUUGAUGAUUGCUGAGGACUACCUACUAAAUAGCGAGGCUAUAAUGAUUAACAUUGUAUAACAUUUUUAGUUAUCAAAUUAGUAAUUACCACUUACCAGUCACUACUUACUAGUUGCACCUUGUUUUUUACAAUCUCAAAUUAACGGUUUAUUCAGUGUUAAGAUAAGAAGUGUAGGUAUUAUAUCGAUUCCAAAUUUCAUUUUUACUGUGAAGUGUGAAUAAGAUCACGCUAAUAUAGUUAUCUAGUGAACCGGAAUUCUUCCAAUUAUACAACAACAAAAAGGUUUGUAAAUAUUCAUCAAUAUGAGUAAGCGCAGAGCUGGUAAUGAACUAACUAAAGAUAAUUGGGAUGAGGAAGAAGAAAAAGUGGAUCCAGGAACAUUUCAGGUAGCAGACGAAUCUGUGUUGAAAAACCGAAUUUUGAAAAGAGCUAAAAGAACAUUACAAAGAGAUGAAUCUGGCGAACUAAAACCAAUAUUUUCUGGAUUUUCUGGAUUUAAAAGUGUAUCUAAUAAUUUAAAUUCUAAGCAAGCAUUUUCCUUUUUGUCAAAAUCUAAUAACACACCCAGCGAAAGUGGAAAUCAUCCAUCAGCAUCAACAAUUAAUUCAUUGACCACGUCUAGUAGCUUAACAUUUUCAGAAAAUAACAGUUCAAAAAGUUCAACUCCGCCAAUUGUUAAUCAUGCUAAAGUGAUGAAACUUAACCAAGCAUUUGUUAAAUUUAUUACAAGUGCUGUGCAAAAAAAUCCUUAUUGUGUGUUAACACCUUCAUUGAAAGAUUAUGAAAAACAAAUGAGCAAGUUUGUCGAUCUUUCUACUUUUAAAACAAAUACUCCUGAUUCAUCAAUGACUUCUACUAAAGUUUCUCCUCAAAUAUCAGUGAUGGAAAGUAAAAUAACACAUACAAAGAAUUCAGAUGAAGUAAAAAAUAAUUCUAUCAAUGUCCAGACAAGUGAAACUAGUUUUACAAGUCCACUUAAAAAUUGGCCUAGUUUUGGUAAUAAAAGCCUAGAUGUUAAUGGCAAAGAAUUAAGUACAAAUAUUUUUAAAUCUGAUAAUACGGCUAAAGAACAAAUUAAAGAUAAAAAUGUAGAAACAAAAUCUCAAAUAUUUUCUUUAGAAGAGUCAAAGAAUACAGCAACAGAAACUAAUGGAUUUAAAUUGGGUAAUUUCAAAUUAAACAAUCAGUCAUUGUCAACUUCUACUAAAAAAUCUCCUGGAUUUAAAUUUAAUGAAAAAAAUGUUGUGCCUACGCCUACUUUGGAUGGAAACCUGCCAACUAUAAAUAAACCUAUUAUAGGCACAAAAUUAAACACCAAGCCUCCAUUUAAUUUUGGAGGUGAUGUACCGUCAUUUUCAUUUACAUCUUCAGUAGAAAAUAAGAAACCACUUUUUAGUUUUGGAUCAAAGGCACCUGUCUUAACAUUUUCUCCUGAAAAAAUGAAGUCUGAGAUUUUAAGCUCAAAAGAUGAAGAUGAAGAUCAACCACCAGUUGUAAAAUAUACACCUGUUAAAGAAAAAAAUGCAAUUUUUGAAUCUAAAAGUAAAUUAUUUUGUUUUAAAAAUGGAAAAUAUGAAGAACUUGGAGUUGGUCAAUUGUAUUUAAUACCAGUAGAUAAUAAAAAAAUACAAUUAAUAAUGAGGAACGAUAAUGCCUUGGGAACUAUUAUGGCAAACACGUUACUGAAUGAAUCUAUUAAUUUUACUAAACGUAACGCAAAAAAUGUUCAGUUAUCAUGUAUUCUUGAUCCUACAAAAAAUACUAAACCACAAACAAUUCUAUUCAAAUUUAAGGAUUCACAAAUCACUGAUUUGUUUGAAAAAGAACUUAACACAUUAAAAAAGUAG